UCUGUUCUCAUCGAUGCCGGUCAGUCAUUCGGUAACCGACGACGCGAACGGAACGGUUUUCGAAACGGUCGCAAAGGAUACACGGUCCGGUAUCGGUUGUUUAACCGUCGCACGGUUGUUGACGCUGCGAACACGUGCGUUUGGGUGUCCUUUCGAAGAUAGUGAGUGAGAGAGAGAGAGAGAGUGAGCCUUACUGGAAGUGAUGUUUUUAUAGUGCCGUAUUAUUUGUUCACCCAAUCCGGUAGCUUUAAAAGGACCGAAAUUGUAUGGUUUUCACAAUUUAAAUCUAAAAAAAACCGAGGCUUAUCUUUUUUUUUUGAAAAGGUGACCCUUAUUCGAAAACCCACAUAGUGUUCCCUGAUGUGUUCGGAAAGGGCAACAAAAAAGUAACAAAAAAAUAAAAGCGAAAAGUAAAAGUAUGUUGACCCUUCGGUUCCAGGUCCUUCCGUGGCCGCCGGGAAGUCAUUACGCUCAACAGUGAAGUGUGAAAUUUAAUUACUUUGCCUUCGCGAAUAGAAGAAACGCUUGGCACUGCUCGGCUUGACAUCGAAACAAAAGUAAUGAUCUAAUGCCGCUGUGAAUUUGCACCAUUCGCAUAAAUGUGAGUGAAGAGAGAUAAAGUUAAGCGGAAAAGUGAACAGUAGGGCGACCAAAAACCAAAAAAAAAAAAACUAAAAACAAAACAGAAUGGAAAGUAAAAUAUGAAGGAAAAAAGAAUCCGGAAUCCACCUAAGCAGGAUACAAACGGAGAAACUAACCAAACCUAUUCUGUAUAAGCUGGGUUUUUUUUUACAUCAUUUCCAUUGGACCGAUCGCACCGAACAACAAACACAACCGUUUCGGCAGUAAAAGACCAAAACGGUCCAACGAACUAAGCGUAUCUCGGCAACGCUUGAUACCAUUGUUAAAAGUUUAUAAAAUGCUCUUUGCACGGUUUCAAGAAAUCCUUCGAUACGGUAGCAGCACCCCGUAGCCAUGGAUAUAGACGAAUGGAAAAAUCCACCGUGUGUUACGAAAAUAAAAGUAUUCUCGGAUACAAGUGACGCGUUUGUUUAAUGUCGAUUGAAUACAGACGAAUAGAACAGAGCUUUGGUGCGUUUGUUUUAACUACCGUUACCACCACCAUCAACAAAAGCAUCGUCAGCUUUCAUCGAUACGGUUAAAGGUCAAGGUAUACCUGGUCUGCCCCCGGGGGGGACCUGAUAUCGCAUCAAACAGCACAAGGAAAUUCAAUCUCAUCAAUUUGCCGUAAAACGAAAAAAGGAGUUUGAGAAAAAAAAAGAACAGUGCUGCCAACCGUAUACAUACAAAACUAACCCAUUGAUGGGGCUUUUAAGUAAACAGCUUUAGAUUGAGUGUAGUGUACAUGCGUGUGUGUGUGUGUGUAUAGGGGUUUUUUUGUAUUGUUAAGAAGUAAGAAGCAAAAGUAAAUAACAAAACGUACAGACGUGUACUUUUGGCCGUACGUCACCAACAAUACAAAAAUGGCAAUUCUGCAUUCCUGCUGCUUAUGGCGAAGUGUUCGACGGGGAAGCUUUGCGAGCGUUAUCUACACACUGAUCUAUUUCAGCAUAUCCUGCAUAACGAUGUCGCUGUUUUUACACGAGGAACGCCGGUACUUGCGGGGCGAGGUGGACAAACCGAUCGGUGAAAGCUUCCUGGAGCGGGACACCAUCUCGGGCGUAACGGUCAAAUUUAAUGUGCUGCUGCUCGUCUUCGCCACCCUGGGAGUUCUUUCGUCUGUGCUCGUUUUAAUCGGAUUAAAAAUGAACAACCGCGGCCUGCUGUUGCCAUGGAUUGGGGUCAUGAUAGCGGAUCUGCUGGUGGAGUGUGCACAUUUUAUCUAUCUGAUUGCCAUAGAAACGCUUAAAUUUGAACCACUGACGGCGAUGCUAUUUACCAUCGAUUUUUUCAUCAUGUGUCUUAAUAUUUACUGUUUGCUGUGCGUGAUAUCACAGUACCAGGAAUAUAAAGCAGGGCGUGGACAGGCCGAUGACGAUUCGUACACUUGCCCUACCAACAUCCAGUAUAGUCCACCGGCGCCCACCUGUCUACCGCAGGGCAAAACGACAACACUCAGCCCGGUGAUCUGUCCCCACUCCAACUGUACCCUCAUCCCGGAGGAAACGCAGAUCAAUGGAACGUUCGUGGGAAGUGUAGCAUCGUCCCCGCUAAGACCAUUGCCUACGGUACGUCCACCCAGAAGCUCGCUGCUGAAAAAGCACGUCAAGUUUUCGGCCAGCGAUAAGCCGAAGGGUUGCUGCACGGGGAUCAUUCAUCCGGAGAACAUCAUCAAGGACGGUACCAAACCGAACGGUCACAUGAUGGUGUCGAUUGAGACGCUACCCGGUAAGUGUUGUGGGCGCUACAGUUGUUUUUAGGGGUUUUCUGUGGGCAAUAUGACAACACAAAAUGUACUCCAUUCGCAUAAAGAGAUUAUGAGUUUUUAAUGGAAAAGAAUCCCUUCAAUUAUCGUUUUGUAAUCAUUCAUGCAAUGUUAUGUUUGAAUCUGCUAGGGUACGUAAUUUAAACUUUUCUCUUCUUUUCAAAGAAAUGUGUCGGGAUUAAUUGUGCCCACACAAACUGCACAAGCUAGAUUGAUUAAAAGUUGAAUGGAUUUUUGAUUUUUACAUUUCAACCCGACAUGUUUUAACCAAUUUGACAGAAAAUAUUAGUGUUUGUGCCUUUAGUUAUGCAAUUGAACUUAAUUAUAGUAAAUAUAACGAAUAUAUGUAAAAUUGGGAUAAGAUUACACACUCUAGCGUUUAAACAUGCUAUUACAGCGAAUCGCAAAAAUCUCAAAAAAAACACGUAUCUCGAAUCACGGUGUCCUUUUGUUUAAAAUUGAUAGUUUUAGUAUCAGCACCGACUGAGAGUUUCAACUUCCUUCUUUGCUUUUGAUGUAUUUCUCUUUUUUGGAGAUUUUUUGAAGGAAAACAAAUUAAGAAAAGCUUUUCAAAUUAUCAAAUUAAUUUAGAGGGUUCAUUAUCAACCAAUUCAUCUAUUAUUUGCUCUAGAAUUGUGCAGUGAAAACACUGAACAUUCAAGUUUCAUAAUCCGUGUAAAAAUGGGAUUCGGAACAUCUUUGCAUAUUUUGGACAUGGCAUAUAGACAUGGCAGGAGGCGUACAAGGUUAAUGUGUAGAUGCGCAGCUGGCAUAAGCCAUUAAAAACUGUCACAUGGGGUCUUGGGUUAGACCAAAUUAAACAGAGAAUUUUGGAAUGGUCUGUUUUACGUUACCGUCGAUAAGAAUUGGUAAUUAAAUCAUGCGUCGCGUAGGUCGUGCGAAGGAGGUCUAAAAUGGAAAACUAGAAUAACCGACUCAAGUGCGUUCAACACCAGGGAAUGGAAUGCAUGUGCACCACAAUGAGCUGCUUUCAAUAGCAUCAGCAUUCAAUUACUUGGAUGCAAUAAAACUAAAAGGUUUAGGAUAGGGCACCAAAACAAACCCCUAGCCAUGUGUUUAUUUAGGAUGAAAAUAGAAGAAAUCAGGAAA